UUGUCUCACCUUGCUGCUCAUCUUUUAAAGGAAUGUGGACUUAAUUACAUGGGCUACAAGUGACAAUGUCGAGUGGCAUGGAGGUCGGUGUGAACCGGCAGCUGGGCCGCGCGCACUUGUCGCACCUGCCGCAGCGGCCGCCCGUCGACUUGAGCUUCCAGGACCUCACCUACACCGUGCAAAAUGGACGAAGUUCUAAGCUUAUCCUUCGCGGGAUCACCGGCGAGUUCCGCUCGGGGCAGCUGACGGCCAUCCUCGGACCCUCGGGAGCCGGCAAGAGCACGCUGCUUAACAUACUAGCUGGAUACAGAGUAAUAGGCGCUAGCGGGCAGAUAUGCACGAACGGCGAGCCCCGAAACUUGCGGCAGUUCCGCAAACUGUCUCGAUACAUCAUGCAAGAGGACCUGCUGCAGCCCCUCAUCACCGUGAAGGAGGCCAUGGCCAUCGCGGCGGACCUCAAGCUGGGGUCUGAAGUCAGCAGGAAAAAGAAAGGGGUUAUUGUAGAAGAAAUCGUGCAGUUGCUGCGGCUAAGUAAGGCGCGCGACACGGUGACCGAACGGCUGUCGGGCGGGGAGCGCAAGCGGCUCGCCGUAGCGCUGGAGCUGCUCAACAACCCGCCCGUCGUGUUCCUCGAUGAACCUACCACUGGGCUAGAUGACGUGGCUUCCUCAACGUGCGUGUCGCUGCUGAAGCGAGUGGCGCGCGGCGGGCGCACCGUGGUGUGCUCACUGCACACGCCCUCCGCGCGGCUGUUCGCAGAGUUCGACCACGUGUACGUGGUGGCGGGCGGCCGCUGCGCAUACCAGGGCACCUCGGCUGGCGUCGUGCCCUUCCUCAACGAACUCAACCUAAUAUGCCCGACGACCUAUAACCCAGCUGACUUUGUGAUAGAAGUGUCAAGCGGCGAAUACGGGACGCACGUGGACCGCAUGGUGGCUGCGGUGGAGAACGGGCGCAGCCAGAGCUGGCGCGACUACGCCGUCGCGGCCUCGGACCGUGACGACAUCGAGCAGCUCAACGCCGGUGGCGUCGAGGAGCACAACUACACGUACGGCAGCACCUCAACACAGCAGUUCUGUAUACUACUGAGGCGGAUGCUGCUGCAGACAUUCAGAAAUCGGGGCUACCUGCAGCUCCGCGUGGGCCUGCACCUGUUCCUGGGCUUCAUCAUCGGUUCGCUGUUCAGUAGGAUGGGCUACGACGCCUCCAAGACCAUAUUCAACUUCGGUUUCUGCUACGCCUGCAUUAUCGCCAUGUUCUACAUUCCUAUGAUGCCCGUGCUUUUAGCUUUCCCAACAGAAGUCCAAUUGAUGAAACGGGAGUACUUCAACCGCUGGUACGGGCUGAAGCCGUACUACGCGGCACUGGUGGUGUCGCGCACGCCGGCCACCGUGGCCUUCAGCCUGCUCUACCUCUGUAUCACGUACCCGCUCACCUCGCAGCCCAUGGAACUCGACCGGAUCCUCAUGUUCACGUCUAUUUGUGUCGUGGUGGCGCUCAUCUCCGAGUCUAUGGGGACGGUCAUAUCGUCAACGUUAAAUGUAGUUAACUCGGUGUUCCUGGGCCCAGCAUUGAGCGUGCCUCUGAUGUUGCUGGCGGUGUACGGCAUCGGAUACGGCGACACGCCGGCGCCGCUGUUCUGGCGGCUGGCGCGCGCGUGUUCCUUCAUGCGCUACGGGAUAGAGGGGCUGGUGGUAGCCAUCUACGGCCCGCCGCGGGAUGACCUCAUUUGCCCCAACCACGUAGACUACUGCGAGUACAAGAAUGCCAAGUACUUCGUUAAGCUGAUGGGCAUGUCAGGGGUCUCUUUCUGGACGGACUUAGGCGUGCUGUUGCUGAUGCUAUGCGCCAUGAACAUGGCCGGCUACUACCUGCUGCGGCAGCGGUUGUCGCCCAACUACGCCUUCCGGGCCAUCAAGAUCAUUGGAAGGUUUAUUAAGACGAAGAUGAGCAUUUCACCCUCUUAAGUAAUAGUAGAGAAAAAAAGAAAACGCAG